AUGACACCAGUCGUCGAGUGGUACACGAACGCUAAUGCUGCUCUACUGACGCAUCUUACUAAGGAGAUUAAAGAUACUGACAGCAGUACUAUAUGGAGGUAUCUUGUGGGCUUCAAAAAUCUCCUGCGAAGCAUAGAAUGUAAAGGAAUAGCAUCCGUGCUUGGUAUUAAUUACUUCGCUCGAGGUUAUCUGCAACCAAGAGAUCAUAUACGGUACAUCAGCCACAUGGUGCUGGGUCGUGACCUCCUGGAUAACACAUUGAAUUUGGUGCCGUCGCUAAUACCGCUUCAUGUGGACAUCAAAGAAGACAGUCCAGAAUACCAAGUCCUGGAGAAAAAGAAUCAACAAAUAGUCGACAACAAGCCACAGAGCGGUAGCGUAAGUGAAGCAAUAGAAUACUUCGACCAGACUGCGACUCUCCUUGACAGACUAAGAGCCGUUCAGAAGCAGCUCCGGGAAUACAUUCGUGAGGGCGUAAAUGACAGUCUGCGGGAAGCACGCAAAAGCGAGGCUGUAUGCGCUGGCAUACUCGUUCUAGUAUGUGUGGUGUCGCCUAUCAUCAUCGCCUUAGUACGGAACGCGGUCAAUACUAUACAGGUAUACGCCCGCAAUUUAUCCGAGAAAGCCAGAGAGCUGGAAUAUGAGAAAGAGUUGAGUGACUCAUUACUCUACCAGAUGUUGCCAGCCAGUGUUGCCAAGCAGUUGAAACAGACUCAGCAGGUACCAGCAGAAUUCUUCGCCUCAGUCACUGUUUACUUCAGUGAUAUCGUCGGCUUCACCGCCAUUGCUGCUGUAUCCACGCCAUAUCAGGUGAUCAGUUUCUUAAACUCCGUGUACAAGUUAUUCGAUGAAAGAAUUGAAUGCUACGAUGUUUACAAGAUCGAGACUAUCGGAGACUCCUACAUGGUCGCGUCUGGACUACCCGUCAGAAAUGGAAAUAAGCAUGCCACAGAAAUUGCUAGCAUGGCGCUAGAGUUGCUAGAAGCAACAUCCAUGUGUCGACUACCACAUCGCCCCGAUCAGACACUUUGUAUGAGAAGCGGAAUCCAUACAGGACCAUGUGUAGCUGGCAUCGUUGGUACCAAAAUGCCACGAUACUGCCUCUUCGGUGACACUAUAAACACCGCCAGUAGAAUGGAAAGUACGGGUGAACCAAUGAAAAUACAAAUAUCUGAAGAUGUCAAACAAGCUCUGGACAAGACUGGCCUUUUUAUUACCACACCACGAGGUGUCGUCGAUGUCAAGGGCAAAGGCGAAAUGACAACAUACUGGCUAGAAGGUCGUAACGGCCCAUCCCCAGUGAGACCGGCUGCCUCCCUGGACUACACACCCAGCUUCCUUGCCAGAAUCCACUCCAAGGGUCGGAACUCACCAAGAUACCAACCAGACAUCAGAAAUCACUAAAAAAUUUAGUUCAAUAACAAAUAUCUACGUAUAUUAAAUUUAAGUGUGAAAA